CAUUACGCGGAAGCCGUGACGUCAGGCGGGCGCCGCUGAUGACGACUCAGGCCAGUUCGCGAGCGGAGGGAGUGAGGGAGAGGGCGGAAAAAUGGCGGACCAAAUCCCCCUGCACCCGGUCCCGCGCAGCACCCAGCGCAGGGCGGCUUAUUAUACCCACGCCUCAGCCGCGCAGAGGCAUAACAGGUACCAGGUAGAAGAUGAGUCCUCUCAUUUGGAUGAAAUGCCAUUGAUGAUGUCAGAGGAAGGUUUUGAAAAUGACGAAAGUGAUUACCACACUUUACCAAGAGCCAGAAUUUCUCAGAGAAGAAGAGGUUUAGAAUGGUUUGUCUGUGGUGGCUGGAAAUUUCUUUGUACCAGUUGCUGUGAUUGGCUCAUAAACAUUUGUCGGCGAAGGAAAGAACUGAAAGCACGCACAGUCUGGCUUGGAUGUCCUGAAAAAUGUGAAGAAAAAUACCCAAGAAAUGCGAUAAAAAAUCAAAAAUAUAAUAUCUUUACAUUUAUACCUGGGGUUUUAUAUGAACAAUUCAAGUUUUUCUUGAAUCUUUAUUUUCUCGUUGUCUCCUGCUCACAGUUUGUACCGGCUCUGAAAAUAGGCUACCUCUACACCUACUGGGCUCCUCUGGGAUUUGUUUUGGCUGUCACAGUGCUGCGAGAGGCAGUUGAUGAAUUUCGGCGUUACCAGCGAGACAAGGAAGUGAACUCCCAAUUAUAUAGCAAGCUUACGAUACGAGGUAAAGUUCAAGUUAAAAGCUCAGACAUUCAAGUUGGAGACCUCAUCAUAGUGGAAAAGAAUCAACGAAUCCCAUCUGACAUGGUGUUUUUAAGAACUUCAGAAAAAACAGGUUCAUGUUUUAUCCGAACCGAUCAGCUAGAUGGUGAAACAGACUGGAAACUAAAAGUUGCUGUUAGUUGCACACAGAGAUUACCAGCUUUAGGGGAUCUUUUUUCCAUCAAUGCAUAUGUUUAUGCUCAGAAGCCACAAAUGGAUAUACACAGUUUUGAAGGCACCUUUACACGGGAAGACAGUGAUCCAUCUGUUCAUGAAAGUCUAAGCAUUGAAAAUACCUUAUGGGCAAGCACUGUUGUUGCUUCAGGAACAGUAAUUGGUGUUGUUAUUUACACUGGAAAAGAAACUCGAAGUGUAAUGAACACAUCCAAUCCAAAGAAUAAGGUUGGCUUGCUGGACCUUGAGCUGAAUCAGCUAACCAAAGCACUAUUCUUGGCUCUAGUUGCACUUUCAGUUGUAAUGGUCACCUUGCAAGGAUUUGUAGGGCCAUGGUACCGCAAUCUUUUUCGAUUUCUCCUUCUUUUUUCAUACAUAAUCCCCAUCAGUUUACGAGUGAAUCUAGAUAUGGGUAAAGCAGCCUAUGGAUGGAUGAUCAUGAAGGAUGACAAUAUACCCGGAACUGUUGUCCGAACUAGCACCAUACCUGAAGAACUGGGGCGUCUGGUGUAUCUACUAACAGAUAAAACAGGUACUCUGACUCAGAAUGAGAUGAUAUUUAAGCGCCUCCACCUUGGCACUGUGUCAUAUGGAACAGACACAAUGGAUGAGAUUCAAAAUCAUAUUGUUAAUUCCUAUUCCCAGGCACAUUCCCAAGCUAGUGGAAACAGUACCAGUUCAACGCCAUCCAGAAAGAUCCAAUCUUCUGCACCUAAAGUCCGCAAAACUGUCAGCAGCCGAAUACACGAAGCAGUCAAAGCCAUUGCAUUGUGCCACAAUGUUACACCUGUGUAUGAAUCCAGAACAGGAGUGACUGGAGAAACAGAAUAUGCAGAGGUAGAUCAGGAUUUCAGUGACGAAAACAGAACUUAUCAAGCUUCAAGCCCCGAUGAGGUAGCUCUGGUGCAGUGGACAGAAAGUGUUGGUCUUACUUUGGUGAACAGAGAUUUGACUUCAAUGCAACUGAAAACCCCUGGUGGACAGAUUUUGACCUACUAUAUUCUGCAAAUUUUUCCUUUCACAUCUGAGAGCAAGCGAAUGGGAAUCAUAGUGAGGGAUGAAUCUACAGGUGAAAUCACAUUUUACAUGAAAGGUGCAGAUGUUGCUAUGUCCUCCAUUGUUCAGUAUAAUGACUGGCUAGAAGAAGAGUGUGGUAACAUGGCAAGAGAAGGACUUCGCACUCUGGUUGUGGCCAAGAAAUCAUUAACAGAAGAACAGUAUCAGGAUUUUGAGAAUCGAUAUAAUCAAGCAAAAUUAAGUAUACAUGACAGAACUCUCAAAGUGGCUGCAGUGGUAGAGAGUUUGGAAAGAGAAAUGGAAUUAUUGUGUCUCACUGGAGUUGAAGAUCAACUACAGGCUGAUGUUAGGCCAACACUGGAAAUGCUACGAAAUGCUGGAAUAAAGAUAUGGAUGCUAACAGGGGAUAAAUUGGAGACUGCCACUUGCAUUGCCAAAAGCUCCCACUUAGUAUCCAGAACCCAAGAUAUUCACAUUUUCAGACCUAUAAUCAGUCGCGGAGAAGCUCAUUUGGAACUAAAUGCAUUCAGGAGGAAACACGACUGUGCGUUAGUAAUAUCUGGGGAUUCUUUGGAGGUCUGUUUGAAGUACUAUGAGCAUGAAUUUGUAGAACUAGCAUGUCAGUGUCCAGCUGUCGUCUGCUGUCGAUGUUCUCCCACCCAAAAAGCCCACAUUGUAAAAUUGUUGCAACACCAUACAGGAAAGCGUACAUGUGCCAUAGGUGAUGGAGGAAAUGAUGUUAGUAUGAUCCAGGCAGCAGACUGUGGAAUUGGAAUUGAAGGAAAGGAAGGGAAACAAGCUUCCUUGGCUGCCGAUUUUUCCAUUACACAGUUUAAGCACAUUGGCAGACUGCUGAUGGUACAUGGCCGAAAUAGCUAUAAAAGAUCAGCAGCACUUGGUCAAUUUGUCAUGCACAGAGGCCUUAUUAUUUCAACUAUGCAGGCUGUGUUUUCUUCAGUCUUCUAUUUUGCAUCGGUUCCUCUAUACCAGGGUUUCUUAAUGGUAGGGUAUGCCACCAUAUAUACAAUGUUUCCAGUUUUUUCAUUAGUGUUGGAUCAAGAUGUGAAACCAGAAAUGGCACUGUUAUAUCCAGAACUUUACAAAGAUCUUACUAAGGGAAGAUCUUUGUCAUUUAAAACCUUCCUCAUCUGGGUUUUAAUCAGUAUUUACCAAGGUGGAAUUCUGAUGUAUGGAGCUCUUCUCCUUUUUGAAUCUGAAUUUGUCCAUGUUGUUGCCAUUUCCUUCACUGCACUAAUCCUGACUGAGCUCUUGAUGGUUGCACUUACCAUACGAACUUGGCAUUGGUUAAUGGUGGUAGCGGAAAUCUUCAGUCUUUGCUGCUAUGUGGCCUCCCUUGCAUUUCUCAAUGAGUAUUUUGGCAUAGGCAGAGUGUCUUUUGGAGCUUUCUUAGAUGUUGCCUUUAUCACAACUGUGACCUUCCUGUGGAAAGUGUCAGCCAUCACUGUAGUAAGCUGUCUUCCACUUUAUAUUCUGAAGUACUUAAAACGUAAAUUUUCUCCUCCAAGUUACUCUAAACUUACCUCGUAAAAGUGGCUGAAUACCUGGGUUAUUUUUCCACCAAGAUGACUCUAGCUAGGCAUUGCUUCAAGGAUUCUCAUUCUACUUCAGCGAUAUGUCAAAGAAGGAAAAAUAAUAACAAUAAAAAUUGAGUAAACAGAGCACAAAGGAGACUGAAGCAUCAGAUAGGAGUUACAGUGAAAUUUAUUAACAGAACCACUUAAAACAAGUACAUUUCAUUUUAUAUGUGACUCUUUUAAACUUCUCGGUUAGAAUUGCUUUUGAAUUUAUUUAAUGGCUACUGUAAAGGAUUUAUUCCUCCUGCACUAUUUUUCUGCAUAUAGAACAGAAAACAUUUUUGCUAUAAGCUCCUGAUUUUGGAACAGUUGCAUUCUCUCACAGAACGAGUAAUUCAUUCAUAAGAAGUGUAACAAGCCUAGAAAGUGUAAAUGUCAUUGUAUUUGCUGCUAUAUGUAUCUCCGAUAUAUGCACUAUAUGAAUUACGAACAGCUGUCCACGUAGCACAGUGUUAGUCUGGGAUCUGUGGUCUCGUUCCUCUGUGCUCUCCAUUGCUACGCUACAUUGGGGCAUCUGAACCUUUGGCAGCAGCUUUUCCAUGGCAAACGGAGCCAACUUGCACACAAUGUGAUGAAAAUAAUGUUCUGUACAUAAGUCCUUUGUUCAGUACAGACUGCCACUUCUCUGUUCAGUAAAUGUUUUAUAAGUUCCUACCUGCUUUUGUAUUGUAAAAUAGUACUCAAAUGUCAGCACAUUAGAAGACAAUUCAUUUUUCGGAAUUAAACUUCUAUGACACAGCCCACCAAGACUAGGUUCAUUUUACUUGGCGAUACAAUAAGCCCCAAUAAAUUGAAAGAUUCUUUAAGCCAUGGUUCUCAACCUAUGGGUCCCCAGAUGUUUCGGCCUUCAACUCCCAGAAAUCCUAACUGUUGGUAAACUGACUGGGAUUUCUGGGAGUUGUAGGCCAAAACACCUGGGGACCCACAGGAUGAGAAUCACUACUUUAAGCAGCCAUGCUUAAGAUAUUAUUCCCAAAUAUAUGUAUCUGCCUCCCCCUGCUUGAACUGGAUUCCUCCACUGAUUUCAACAGAGGGAGCUGAUACACAUAAUAAUUCCUUUUUCGCAUACAGACUAACUUUUUCAGUUUAAAUUAAUGAGGGUUCCCCCCACUCACAUUAUGUGAGCAUAAACUGUACCUUAAAUUCUGGGUCAGGCACGUACAAUGCACAUUAUCUGUUUACUUAAGGUUACUCAGGUAAAAAAAGAAUAACAUGGACAUGAUAAUGGUAGAAAAUCCACCAUCUUCCAAAACAUAAUUUGUAUAAUUCUGAGUUACUGCAAGAAAAAAAGCGACACUCUGUAAUUUGAUGUACUCUUGAAAAAAAAAGGUAUUCUUUUAUGUACUGUAUUGUUACAGGAUACAUUUUCCCCCACAUGCUGUUUCUUUUUUUCUUUUUCCCCCUCAAGUAAUACAGGGAUCAGGUUAUUCAGCAUAGUUAGAUAUCCAUCAAAGGGACAGGCAUGAUUUUACUAUGCUUUACUCAAUGAGAAUUUAUUUGUACAUUUUGAGCUGUUAGCAACUAUGUUGUAUAUCAUCUUGUUUUGCUCGAGUGUCUCACAAGAAAGCCUUUUGUAGUACCAGCAUCUUAAACCCUUGUUAUGUUAUAAUGAUACUGAACUUCAAACACUUCCAGCAAAAGACUGUUGGCAAAUUAUCCGAGAUACAAUCCAUUCCAUUUAUUUUGAAAACGUUUGCUUUCUUUAAAAAAAGACUUUUGAACCAUUCUUCAUUAUAAAAGCAAUAAAACCUCAUUUCUACCAAAUAUUAUUGAUGGUUUGUAAAAUAAAUGUAUUGAAGCUUAUUUAUUUUUAUGCUGUAUUCAGUAAUGUUUUGUUUUUAUUUUAGUGACCUUAUAAACCAUCAGUUAAUCCUAAUGCCCACUAGAUGUCACUGGGAGGUGGGUGUUUUAUGUGCUAGCACACUGCUUUGCUCCUAAUAUGUGAAAUGUGCAAAGCUUUUUUAAAAAUGCUACAUUUUAACUGUUGCUGAAAAAUAAAUCUAAAAUAUAUUUAGUUAUGUGGGAACAGUUCUGAAUUUUAAAAAUCCAAAUUAACAGCUGACGAACAGAGCAGUCAGCUCAUUAUAUCCAGUGUCCAUUCUUAUUGUCAUUCCUCAUUCUUGUAUUCCAAGCAGAUGACAGUACCAUGCUUAAAUCUGGUAUGUGAACAAAAUUUUAAGGAUGAUGUUUGCUCAUCUUUUCCUAUAAAAUGCCUUUAUUAUGGGGUAAAUUAAUUUUUAAAAAACACAAUCAACCUGACUGAACAAAUGCAAGUAGUUCUUUCUAGCAUAUCUGUGUACAGGAAUGCUGGCAAAUAAAUAAGUGUACUGUGUAUCUCAUGUAUAUAAUGUGUAUAUAUGUACAUUAAAAAUUGACUGACAAUUA